GUUGCCGUGGCCGCCACAGUUCCUCUGCCUUGGCGUUCGGACCGCAGGCAGCCUUCCGGCGGGAUCGCGCACCCCGGGUAUAUCUGCGAAAGUGCCCUCACCGGGAUGCCUUCGCUUCGCCUCUUCCCUCAGGUGACUCCAGUCAAAUCACGGACUCCUCAAUAGGAACAACUCUUUCCCCACCCAUCUACACUGUCUCUCCACAAUCCUGUGUUUAUCAAGGACCAACAUUUACUUCAGUGAAGUCUACUCCGCCAGAAGUUACUUAUCAGGCCUCUGAAUUGUUUUUUUCUCUUAUUCAGCUGUAUAAUCUUAGUGACUGCUGUGUUACAGAAAAGAAAGUGACUUUGAGAAUAAUCUGAGUGAGAAGGAUGAGUCCAGAUGUGCCUCUGCUGAACGAUUACAAACAGGACUUCUUCCUGAAGCGCUUUCCACAGACUGUUCUUGGAGGCCCUCGACUCAAACUGGGCUAUUGUGCCCCUCCUUACAUAUAUGUUCAUCAGAUUGUCCUUUUUUUGGUACCAUGGGUUUUAGGCGGAAUAGGAACACUUUUGUACCAAUUAGGCAUCCUGGAAGACUAUCACACAGCAGCACUUUCAGGUGGACUGAUGCUUUUCACUGCAUUUGUCAUCCAGGUCACAAGUUUAUACGCCAGAAACAAAUCAGUAACAGUGGAGAGAAUGCUAACCACAGACAUCUUAGCAGAGGAAGAUGAGCAUGAGUUUACAGGUUGUGCUGGUGCUGAGACCAUCAGAUUUCUGAUUCCUGGCAAAAAACAUACAGCCAACACAGUUUUUCAUUCUGUUCUUGCUGGAUUACUGUGUGGUCUUGGAACAUGGUAUUUGCUCCCGCAUAGAAUAACCCUGCUGUAUGGCAGUGCAGGAGGCACUGUUCUACUCUUUGUCUUUGGAUGGAUGACGCUGUGUAUAGGAGAAUAUUCAUUAAUUGUAAACACACCUACAGAGUCUGCAACUUUCCAAACCCAGGAUGCUUAUGAAAUCACUCCUCUUAUGAGACCUGUUUAUAUUUUUUUCUUCGUUUCUGUAGAUCUUGCACACAGGUUUAUGGUAAAUAUGCCAGCUCUAGAACAGAUGAAUCAGAUUUUACACAUCUUGUUUAUAUUUUUACCCUUUUUUUGGGCACUUGGGACCCUACCCCCACCUGAUGCACUUUUCUUAUGGGCAAUGGAGCAGGUUUUAGAGUUCGGCCUUGGAGGCUCAUCUAUGUCAACUCACCUACGGUUGUUAAUAAUGUUCAUCAUUUCUGCUGGAACAGCUGUAGCAUCUUAUUUCAUUCCCAGCACUGUUGGUGUGGUUCUUUUCAUGACUGGACUUGGGUUCUUACUGAGUCUUAACCUAAGUGAGAUGGUUCUUGUCUUCAAACACAGUGUGACCAGACACAGAGUUGGAACCAAAUCUAAUUCUUUAUCCAGUGGUUCAGAAAUCCAGUUUACUUGGAGGGAAUACCUUUUCUACGGCGUUGUAUUAGUCUUGGCCCUCUUAGAAACUGGUUUGUUGCAUCACUUUGCUAGUUUCUCACAGAUUUCCAAAAACAGUCCUCAGGCUGUUGUUGGCUAUACUUUGAUGAUAUUAUUUAUAAUACUGUGGAUACUUAAAGAAAUUCAAAGUAUCUAUAUCUUUGGAAUUUUCCGGAACCCUUUCUAUCCAAAGGAUGUGCAAACUGUGACUUUAUUCCUAGAGAAGCAGACAAAGCUUAUGAAGAUUGGUGUUGUCAGACGGAUUUUAAUAAAUCUAGUGUCACCUUUGGCUAUGAUAGCAUUUCUUUCAUUGGACAGUUCCUUACAAAGGCUUCACUCUGUAUCUGUCUCCAUUGGAUUCACAAGAGCUUUUAGAAUGGUAUGGCAAAAUACAGAAAAUGCUUUAUUGGAGACAGUCAUUGUAUCAGCAGUGCACUUGCUGAUCUCCAAUACAGACCUAUGGUGGAGCAGAAGCCUGGAUACAGGAAUCAAACUCUUACUGGUUGGUAUCAUGCGUGAUCGUCUGAUUCAGUUCAUCGCUAAACUGCAGUUUGCUGUGACUGUGUUUGUGGCAUCAUGGACAGAGAAAAAACGUAGAAAAUCAGCCACCACUUUGGGUGUACUCAACAUUGUCUUCUCUCCAUUCGUGUUGGUCUUCAUAGUUUUUUCUACACUACUCUCUUCUCCCUUACUCCCCCUCUUUACCCUUCCUUUGUUCUUGGUGGGGUUUCCUCGACCUGUUCAGAGUUGGCCAGGAGUAGUGGGCACCACAGCCUGUGUGUGUGCAGAUACAGUGUACUAUUGCCAGAUGGUCCCGGGUUUAACCACUGCGCUGCAGUCUGCAAUGGCAGCUGGGAGUUUAGGUCUCCUCUUACCUGGGUCUCAUUACUUGGGCCGUUUUCAGGAUCGUUUAAUAUGGAUAAUGAUUCUAGAAUGUGGCUAUACUUAUUGCUGUGUUAACAUUAAGGGGUUAGAAUUGCAAGAGACAUCCUGUCACACUGCUGAAGCUCGAAGAGUUGACGAAGUUUUUGAAAGUGCCUUUGAACAAGAAGAAUAUGUAAAACUAUGUUCCAUUAAUGAACACUUUGGAAAUGUUUUGACACCCUGUACUGUUUUGCCUGUGAAACUCUAUUCUGAUGCCAGGAAUGUCCUGUCUGGCAUAAUUGAUUCUCAUGAUAACUUAAAAGAAUUUAAAUGUGACCUUGUUAAAGUACUUGUAUGGAUACUUGUUCAGUACUGUUCUAGAAGGUCUAGCAUGCUGGAGAAUGUUCACAAAACUGAAAAUAAAGGAAAAGCAUCUCUAAUAAUCCUGCCUGCUUUGAAUACUGAACUACAAACUGAAUCUCCAGAAGACACAGAUAGUUUAAACUCAGAAAAUUUGGAUGAUUGGUCUGAUGAUGUUUUUGGUGAAGAGCCAACUAUCAAAAAAGGAAAAGAUGAAAAAGAUCAGUUGAAAGUAUUGCCAGGUAUAAAUUUGCCUAUUCCCGGAUCAGUAGAAUCACAGAAUGUUGAUAGUCAUUCUACAAACACUGAAAAGAGUCUUUACCAAGCAGUUGCACUUGGAUACCCUGCCAUUGACAAAGGAAAACAGGAGGCCAUGGCAUAUAUCCCUCUCAUGGAGUUCAGUUGUUCUCAUUCUCACUUAUUAAGCUUACCUGAAGAGUGGAUGUCUAACUGUUUGCCUAAUUCCAAAAUGAAGGAGAUGAGUUCAUUAUUUCCAGAAGACUGGUACCAGUUUAUUUUAAGGCAGUUGAAAUGUUUUCCUUCAAAAGAAAAUGCCUCAAAUGUAGUAGAAGAAAUUGCAAAGGACAGAGUUCUAAAAGACUUUUAUGUUCAUGCAGUAAUGACUUGUUACUUUAGUUUGUUUGGGGUAGACAAUAUGAUUCCUAGUCCUGGUCAUAUAUUGAGAGUUUACAGUGGUGUUUUGCCUUGGUCUCUUGCCUUGGAUUGGCUCACAGAAAAACCAGACCUGUUCCAACUAGCCCUGAAAGCUUUCAGGUACACUCUGAAACUAAUGAUCGAUAAAGCAAGUUUGGGUCCAAUAGAAGACUUUAAAGAGUUGAUUAACUGCCUUGAAGAAUAUGAAAGUGACUGGUACAUAGGUUUGGUAUCUGAUGAAAAGUGGAAGGAAGCAGUUUUACAAGAAAAACCAUACUUGUUUUCUCUGGGAUAUGAUCCUAAUAUGGGAGUUUACACUGGGAGAGUACUUACCCUUCAAGAAUUAUUGAUCCAUGUUGGGAAGUUAAAUGCUGAAGCUGUUAGAGUUCAUUUAACGUUCCUCACUUUUCUGGAAAAAUGAGUGCUGAAAGAAUAAGCUAUCAGCAAGUUUUCCUAAACACCAACACAGGCACAUUUCAGAUGUGCAAACUGACCUUCUGGAACAAAGUCGAAGGAACCAGUACUACAGGUGAGACUACAUCUCUUAAUAGUGUGGAAGUGCUUUGACAGAGGGCUGACGUGCACCUAGUCCUGGGGAGAAAUGGGGCGGGUGGGGAAGCCAGGUAUUAACCCAAGGAGGUGACACAGAAUGUAGAGACUUGCAGGAUGCAUUGGAGUUUGUGGGAAGACAUGGUGGAGAAAAAGCAUUUUGGCACAUACACCGGCCAGACAGCAACAUAGAAGAAAAAAAUGGCAAUCUUUGAUUUAAUUUUUACCUUGUAGAAAACUUUCCCCAAGACCAGUAGUAAUUUACAGUAAACCAACAGAUAUGCAUUGGGGAUGGAAAACUUUUUAUAUCUUUUGUAUUUAUUAAUAUAUCAUGAGAUUGGCAGAUGGUAAGAAAAUUUUUAAGUAUUGGAAAAUUUCAUGCUUUCCUACAAGAUUGAUAUGAAUUCAGAAAUGUAUAAAUUGGACUUACCACACCACUCUUGAAGUUCUCAAUCCUUCUCUUUGCUGCUUUGUUGGUUAACCACCAGGCCAAAGUUGGCAUAUAUUGCCACAAAUAGAUCAUUAGCAAAAAAGGCUGAUCAGCAAUCCAAACUUCCUUCAAAUCAUUGGCCAUGGCGACUAACGUCAGCCGCACACAACGACUGGUUGCCAUCUUGUAGGACUGGUCUGCAGUGCUGCCUGUAGACUAAGAAAAUUUUGAAAAAUUCGUGAGUGAUAAGUAUUUAUCUAGGGUAUCUCACAGAACUUUUAGGAGACAUCCAGUUGAAUGAUUCCCUUACUGUGACCGCGUGCCCCUCAGGAGUCCCCAUAGGCACUAAGGGGUGCCUGUAAACUAUUUAUGGGCUUCCUAGGUGGCACAGGACCUGCCUGCCAUUGAAAGCACAAUGCAAGAGAUGUGGGUUCGAUCCCUAGGUCUGGAAGAUGCCCUGAAGGAGGAAAUGGCAACCCACCUCAGUAAUCUUGCCUGGAAAAUUACAUGAACAGAGGAGCCUAGUGAGCUUCAGUCCAUGGGGUCGCAGAGUCAGACCUGACUAAGCAUGCACACAUAAGCUAUAUAUUUCAGAAAACCUAAUGGAAUUCAUAUAUUUAACCAGAUAAGUGUGCAGGCUAACUAAAAGAUAACAGUUAUUCACUUUUAGUUAGUAUUGUACCAUCUUAAAGUACUUAAUGAUAACUAUGUCAUUUUAAUAAUAAAAAUUUUAAAACAAAUUAUUAAUACAUACAUUUAGCAAAUGAAGUUCUAUAAAACAUGAAGCCCGUGAGGAUGAAAUAGAGAAAGAAGAUAAAAGUGGUUUUUUGAUAUCAAAAAAAUUUGGAACUGCUACUCUAGUUAACCCACUACUGUUUUACGAAUAAACUGAGGCCCAGAAAUACAGUAACUUUUAUCUGUGCUCACACAGACCAUUUAGUAGUAACCAGUUCUAUAUUCUAGGUCCCCUGAUUCCUGUAACAUUGUGCUCAUUCUAUUUUACUAUAGUGCCUCCAUAGAAAAUGCAAAAUAUAAGUUGUAUAUGUAAACAUUUACAUGGAAACAUAUAGAUUUAUAUCUCAGUAGAAAUAUUAGUGGAGAAGAAGGAAAUUUUCAUGGUCUUUAGAGAGUUUUUUAUAUUAUGGAGUGAUACUGGAUUCUUCAUGAGACAUUUAUUAUUCAUUUGGUAGAUUAAUUACUUGUAAUCUAUGAGCUGAGGGAAGCACAGGCCUGGGUGAGGCCAACCUAAAACUAUUACAUCUCAACAGGGGGGUUUUUGCUAAGUUCCUUCACCAUAAUCCCUUUUAAAAUCCCAGUAAAGUUUAAUUUACUAAAAUUCAGCCACACAGAACUUUUGACAUUGCUAUGAUUUGUGAAUUGAUUAAAACUGGGUUUUUAAAAUAUUGAUAGCCCACAUAAUAGUGGAUCACUUAUAAGCAGUAUCUUAGUAAUUUCUUUAGCUAUUACUAAAGCUGGAUCCCAAAGCACUAUCAACUAACCUUAACAAUUUUCCUAAUGCUGAGUUAUGUAAAUAAUUCAUAAGAGAUUCUAACAUGAAAAUCUUGAGGCAUAGUGAUGUAAGGCCAGGGUAUGACUACUAAAGCAUUCAAAUCAUUUCCCAACUAGAAAUUUUACCUUUGUGACUUCUUCAGUUAGGGCAUUUUUCACAAUAUUUGAUUGCACAGGUCCCGGGCAAAUGUUAGAAAUUGUUAUACCUGGGUAGGUGGUAAGUUCACUUCGGAGGGUAUUAAAAAAUCCCUAAUAGACAAAAAUAAAUAAAUAAAUAAAUACAGACACAUAUCUCAUGUUUAAUAGUACAAAAUUACUUUUCUUCUACUUUUUAUGAAGGACAAUAGCAGCACAUUAUCAAAAUGUGUUCUGAAAUGCCUGAGUAAAGGACAGGGAAUGUAAUUACACAAGAUGAGGCAUUUUUAAACAUAAGACCACAGGCAAUCUAUAACAGGCAUUCUUAACUCCUGCCAGGUAUGAGUGGUUCAUCCCCCUGAUGGCAGUGGUUUAGCUUGUGCCAUCAGUGAUUUUGCACCGGAUUAGUGAGAGACUACCCUUGAAGAGUCUGAUACCCAGUCGCCAGCUCCCCACUCCAAAAGGGUUGCAUGUUCACUGAGCAUCAUUGAGGCUGGAUUUCUUUUGAUGAUCCCUCAAAGUGGCCUAAAGUACAGAUGGUAGGGCAACAGGGAACAAGUUGGAAUUAAUACUUAAAGGAAACUAGCAUAGAGGAACAGUUCCAUUUUUUCAAUUACUAUCUGAAGAGACUAUUAGUUUCAGCAAAAAUUUUUUAUUUUAGGUGUAGUAAGAGAGUACACGGCUAGUUAAAAAUGUAAUAUGAUUGCUUACUCAAUGACUUUUGUAAAAACAACCUAGACCCUCUAGACUUAAAAGAUAUUGCCUAUUUCUAAACCAAAUAGGAAGUAAACAUCUACUUCUCCUCAUCGCUUCUCCUAAAUCAGGAAAUAUCCCAAGACUACAUUGUGAUAAACCGAGUUAACUUUGAAAAGCCUAAGCAGCCAACAUAGGUACAUUCAUUUAUGAUCCAAUAACAUUAAACAGUUACCAGCCUUUAAUGCUGAUGCCUAACAAACACAAGGCCUUUGAGGGUUUGUGCUGUCUGAGACUAAUGCAGUGCCUGACUCAGAUGGACAGGAAAAAGGCUUUGUAAAUGGAUGCAUGAACUUUAACCUUCUGCCCCUCUAUAGCAAAAGAGGGGAGAGGACACCAUGAAAGCCAAUACUCCAGACACUAAAACCUCUCCUUGCUUGAAAUCACAUCUAGUAUAGUGUCUGGCCUUUUCAACAAGUAAGUUCACUCUCUAGCUUGCUGAGUAUCAGGGAAGGAAAUGUGCCCUUCAAAAAGAGACUCCUGGUUUCAGUGUUCGGCUACUGGUAUAAGUAGAUCUCAACUUGACACGUGGUAUCAAGACAAUCAAAUCCAGUACAAAACAGUAUUGGAGGGCAGGCCAGACAACUUCUACUGUGUUUGAAAGUAUCCUGCAUGUCUUAUGGGAUACUGGGUACCAAACAGAGGGGGUGGCCACCUUCCCUCAUGUGCCUGCCUGAGAGUUGUCCAACUGACACCCUAUUACCAAAUAUGAGAAAAUCAUCAGUGCAGUAUUUCGUUUCAUCACUCACUGCAAUUGUCUGCUCUUCACAGCAGAAAGAGGAUCCUAUGGAACCAAAGCUUCAAAUUUUCAUGAAACUGAUGACCAUUCAGCUAUUGCAUCUUAUUAUUCCAAUGGUGAAACAUUCUAUGUAAACUGACCUUCAAUGGCAUUAAUUAUAUAUCACAUGUCUCUAUUAAUCAUUUUCCUCCUAUUGGCCUUACAAUUUAAUUUGCUCCAUGUUAUAGUGUAUAUAGUUACAGUUUCUUCUUAUCCAUUCUUAUGCCAACAUUAAAAAUUUAUUCAUUUCUAGUACUCAUAUCUCAUAAGUUACACAAGCCAAAUUAAACUUUCUCCUAGACUCUGCCUUAACUAGAUUUUCUUCUUCUAAUGAAGUCAGAGUAAACAGAAUCAAGGCUAGACCCAGUAGGGAUUUGACACUCAGGGCUAAUUACCCAGUGGGAAGUUGCUAUUUCUGACAGGCAUGUACAUUUAGAAAUUCAGGUAAAAUAAACACCAACAACAAAGGGGAAGGAAACAAAGUCACAGAAA